ACGAGAGGGGAGGGAGAAUGGGCGGGGUAAUCUCACCGGCGCCACUUUAAAAAAAAAAAAUCAGCCGCACAGACCUGUCAAUCAACAAGCAACCCAGACAGACAUCAGCCCCCGGUGGCUGGCUGUUAGCUGUAAGAGAGCAGCGUCAUAGUUGGCGGAGAGCCCCACCGUCUGGAAUGAAACGGGCGCAGCGAUUGGCUCGAAAUUUUGCCCGAGACAACUCACGGGUACGAUGUUCUCUCUCUCCCCCUUUUGUUAUUGCAAGCAAACUAGAGAAGAGUCGAGGGAGCAGCAGGAUGAACGAAGGGAGCGAGAGAGGGUGAUAGACUGACAACAGUCGAGACAGACAGCUCCACAGAGAGAGGGGUAAAGGGGGAAAUACAUUUGGAAUACUGCUUCAGAGCUCCCUCUACAUAUUUGUCCAGUUCUCCUGUUGAUUUGGAGAUGUCAGUGAACCCCCCCAACAGCAACGAUGCCUGCCUGAGCAUCGUGCACAGCCUCAUGUGCCACCGACAGGGCGGCGAGAACGAGGGCUUUGCCAAGCGUGCCAUAGAGAGCCUGGUAAAGAAGCUGAAGGAGAAGAAGGAUGAGCUGGACUCGCUCAUCACCGCCAUCACCACCAACGGAGUUCACCCCAGCAAGUGUGUCACCAUCCAGAGGACGCUUGAUGGACGCCUGCAGGUAGCUGGGAGGAAAGGGUUCCCCCAUGUGAUCUACGCUAGGCUCUGGCGCUGGCCAGACCUCCACAAGAAUGAACUGAAGCACGUCAAGUUCUGCCAGUUCGCCUUUGACCUCAAGUAUGACAACGUGUGUGUCAACCCCUACCACUACGAGAGAGUGGUAUCGCCAGGCAUUGUUGGUCUCAGCAUUCAAAAUGCAGGUGAGGAGGAAAACACUAUUUUCAGCAUCAUCAAACAUCAUCAAAAUGGUCCUCCAGGUCGGCUGAUCAAAGAGGAGUACAUCCAUGACUGUUAUGAGAUGGACCUCCCCUCCAGGAUGCCCCCCCAGCCCGAGCACUACAACCAGCCCCUCCCCCCUCUGCAAAUGCCCCCAGAGCCACCCCGCGCCCCAUCCUCCGUCAACCUCUACCCCAGCAUGCCCCUCUCUCCGCCAGUGAGCAGCUCCAUGAUGGGGCCCAUGUCUGGGGGCCAUGGCGAGGGCCUGCUCCAGAUCGCCUCUCCCCAAAUCCAGGGCAUUCCCCAGACGCCACCCCCAACCACCCCCACACACGGACCACCCCCCCAGCCCCCUACCCCUCACAGCCAGAGUGACUACAGCAGCAGCUCCAAACACACACAGACACAGAGCUCCUAUCACACAACCUGGACAGGCACCAGCACGGCCUCCUAUACCCCUGUAGGACCCCAGCAAAAUGGGCGUGGCCACCAGCAACCACCACUGCACCACCCCAACCACUUCUGGUCUCAGCAACAUCACAGCGCACCCGCCUUUCCUCAGCCAGUCUCCAACCAUCCAGGUCCAGAGUUCUGGUGCUCCAUCUCCUACUUUGAGAUGGACAUCCAGGUUGGGGAGAUGUUCAAGGUCCUGGCUAACUGCCCCGUGGUGACAGUGGACGGAUACGUGGACCCCUCGGGGGGCGACCGCUUCUGUCUGGGCCAGCUCAGCAACGUGCACCGCACCGACGCCAGCGAAAGAGCCAGGUUGCACAUUGGGAAGGGGGUGCAGUUGGAGUGUCGUGGUGAGGGGGAUGUGUGGAUGCGUUGCCUUAGUGACCAUGCAGUGUUCGUACAGAGCUACUACCUGGACCGGGAGGCAGGGCGAGCCCCGGGAGACGCAGUUCACAAGAUCUACCCUGGGGCCUACAUGAAGGUGUUUGACCUGCGUCAGUGCCACAGGCAGAUGCAGCAGCAGGCAGCCACGGCCCAGGCUGCAGCAGCAGCACAGGCUGCAGCGGUGGCAGGCAACAUCCCAGGGCCUGGCAGUGUGGGGGGAAUCGCCCCGGCAGUCAGUCUGUCGGCGGCAGCCGGGAUAGGUGUGGACGACCUGCGGCGGCUGUGUAUCCUGAGGCUCAGCUUUGUGAAGGGCUGGGGGCCCGACUACCCUCGGCAGAGCAUCAAGCACACCCCCUGCUGGGUGGAGGUCCACCUGCACCGUGCCCUGCAGCUGCUGGAUGAGGUGCUGCACACUAUGCCUCUGGCUGACCUAGGAGGACAUGGACAUGUCAACUAAGCAGUGUGUGUAUGUGAGAGAGAGGUGGCGGUGUCUCAGUUGCUUGGUUUGGAUGAUAACCUUCAUGAACACUACAGUACGUUUUGGAUUGGAUACCUUUUUCCUCAGCACCUGAAACAAAGACUGUAGACUCUGAUAGAAACUUGUAUCGAACUUCUAUCGAAAAGGUAUUUUAAUGCUUUUAUAUAUUUUCCUGUUUGAAUCGCCUGAUUUUCCUGAAGCAGUUUAGACUGCAAAAUGUACUUGCUCAUCAGCCAAUCUUUUCACAGAGACUGGAACUUGCACUAAAGGCAUCAAUGCUUUUUAGUAGUGGAAACUAGCCUCGCACCGCCAAUGACCUGGUAACCUGCCUGGAUAAAACACUUUGGGAAUUGUUCAGAAAGUCAGAAUGAUAGCACAUGUGCUGCAGUGGAUUCUCACUUAAGCAGUGUUGGAAUGAUGCCUUGAUUACAGGGCAGCAGACUCAGACAGGUAUAUUGCAUCUGGAGAAUGCUGCUGUCCUUUAACUGCCUUCAGUAGGGUCUGUUUGUUCUUCAGGGAGAAAUUGAAACAAUAGUCACCACAAUCUCCAUCAACCUUUUCUCUUAUCAGUAUUUUUCAUUAACCUGCAUCAUUUGACUCAGUUAUAUUUAUACUGAACAAAAAUAAAACUCAACAUGUAAAGUGUUGGUCCCGUGUUUCAUGAAAUCCCAGAAAUUUUCCAUACUCACAAAAAGCUUAUUUUUCUAAAAUUUUGUGCACAAAUUUGUUUACAUUAAUGUUGGUGGGCAUUUGCAAAGAUAAUCCAUCCACCUAAGAAGUGUGGCAUAUCAAGAAGCUGAUUGGACAGCAUGAUCAUUACACAGGUGCACCUUGUGCUGAGGACAAUGAAAGGACACUCUAAAAUGUGCAGUUGUCACACAACACAAUGCCACAGAUGUCUCAAGUUUCGAGGGAGUGUGCAAUUGUCAUGAUAACUGCAGGAAUGUCCACCAGAGCUGUUGCCAGAGAAUUCAAUUCUCUGCCAUAAGCAACCUCCAAUGUUGUUUUUGAGAAUUUGGCAGUACGUCCAACCAGCCUCACAAGCACAGUUCGCAUGUAACCACGCCAGCACAGGACGUCCACAUCCGGCUUCUUCACCUGCAGGAUAUUCUGGGAGUGGGGUAUUUCUGUCUGUAAUAAAGUCCUUUUUUUGUGGAAAAAAAACAAUUCUGAUUGUCUGGGUCUGGCUUCCCAUUGGUUGAGCCUGGCUCCGAAGUGGGUGGGCCUAUGUGCUCCCAUGGCUGCUCCCCUGCCCAGUAGAUUAGAUCCAUAGAUUAGGGCCUAAUGAAUUUAUUUCAAUUGACUGAUUUCCUUAUAUGAACUGUGGCUCAGAAAAAUAUUUGAAAUUGUUGCAUGUUGCCUUUAUAUUUGUGUUCAGUAUAGCUACCAAAAACAAGAAAUGGAAUAUCAAGAAUCUCAUUGAUUAUAUUUAUUGAUGGAAGGUUUUACACAGUAUUUGUAACGUUUUAUUCAGUCAGACCAAAGUUGUCAGAAAGUGAAAGAUUUUUCACCACUAUUUUAUGGCCAUAAAACCUUUGCUGAAUGUGCCUAUCUUCAUUUUGUGUCCUGCCUUUGUUCAACCAAAGCAUGGAUUUGUGUUGAUGUAUGCCAAGAUAUGCCUUUAACUAAAGUACUUCUAGGCCUAAUUAAAGAAUUGGUGCCUUAAUUUUGAAGUACUGACAAAGAUUACAAACCCCACAGAAAAAAACGGCCUUCAUUUGUUGGUUUUCUCAGUACAUUCCUGCUGCAAUGCGCCUCUUGUCAGCCAAAGUGAUGUAUCUACUGCAACUUACGAUUGUGUUUUAGUAAAGUGAGAAAACAAAUAGCCUCAUGCUGUACAUGUUGUGUAGUAUGACUUCAUUGGCUGUAUUACAUUUGUCCAGUAGGACACCUAGUGAACUUUAUGGGUACUACGUGUAUUUGCAGUCCAUCCAUGUUGAUGUAGGGCCUGUGACUGGUUUACUUCACCAAAUGAUAUGUUCAGAAUAUAGCGGUUUAUAAAACAAAUGUAUUGUUUUAUAUGUUUAUUUAUGUCUAAUUUGGGACACUUAUAAAACACACAUGAGGGUCUCUGCUUCUCUUCAAGCUCCUAAUGGUAAUCAUGUGAGGGUUAAAGAUGAGAACAUAUCUAUAAUAUUAAAUUAUUUGUCAUGUAUUCUACUUGUAAAUCAUAAUAUUAGUAGCAGUCAUUGUUUUUUACAGUGUACUUUCAGCUGUCUGUAGUCAGCUUGUUUCGGUAUCUAGUAGAUAUCAUUAUGAUUUAUUAUUGAGUUAGAAUUGACCAAAAUAUACUAUUUUUUCAUUAGUCUUGAACAUAGCUUUAUAAUGGUUGUUUUAGUGGGAGGAGUAUGUAAAAUGAUGUGCUUUGCAAAUGCUGUAUGUAUGUUAUAAUUAUUCCAAAGUUUGCCAAGAAUUAAACCGUUUUUAUCAAA